AUGGCGCGGUGCGGCCGCCAGCGGCGCGUGCUCGCUCGUGUCGUGCCCGAACGGUUGCUCCUGCUCGGAUUCUUCCGGCGUCGCCAAGUGCUCGUGCUCAGAUUUAUGUUUGGGCGCGAAGGGUUACCGCUGUCCAAGUGCGCGGCGAUGAGUGGUGUAGAACGGUGCAGUGGUGUGCAAAUUCCCAACCCUUUUCGUUCCUCCCACGUUUCCCUCCCCAUCUCCUCCCCAGACUCCUGCUACGGAGUCAAGUGCCCGGACGUUUCCAAGUGCGCGGUGCAGAACGGUGCAGCGGUGUGCAAAUGUCCAGCACCCUUCAAGCGGCUGGUCAACAACCAGUGCUCGGCCGCCGCUCUCGCCCACUCGGACUACCUGGACCAACACAACGCCGUCAGGGCCGCUGUGGGCGCCGUGCCCCUCGUCAUGGCGUAUGUGCGUGUGGCGGCAAGGGCGAGGGCAUGGGCGCUCACCCUGACAACGAGGGAGCACAACUGCCAGCUGCAGCACGGAGGCAACAGCGGCGAGGGGCAGAACCUGUCGGGUGCUGGCCCCAGCGGAUGGGCAUCGAACGACGAUGCGGUGCGGUUGUGGGUAGACGAGGGCAAGUGGUACCAACUCGGAGUGUUCCCCAACGGCUGUGCGGGCGGUGAUUGGGCCAAGUGCGGCCACUACACGCAGGUGGUGUGGAACAACACGCGCAGGCUGGGGUGUGCCAAGGCGUCAUGUGGCACGAGCAGGGACGUGUGGGCGUGCCACUACUCACCGCAGGGCAACCUCAUUGGCCAGCUGCCUUAUGUGCAAGACCCCUGCUUCCGAGUGCUCUGCCCCUCCACAACCUCCUGCAUGGCAGUGGGGGGCAAGCCCACGUGCCAGUGCCCUCAACGCCAGGCGCUCGUCAACGGCAAGUGCCAAGCAGACCCAUGCAGGGGGGCGAGCAGGUGUGCAGGGGACCUGGUGUGUGACGGCUCGUCUGGAGCAGCGCAGUGUGUGUGCCCCCAGGGCACCGUGCUCACCGCUCCCUACACAUGCCUGGCCUCAUCCACCACAGUCACCACCAGCAUCGCUCUCUUCAACCGCCCCUCCUUCACCAACUCGCCCUCCUCCCUCGCCCCCUCCAUCCUCUGA